UUGACUGUCACCAGCAGGUGGCGGCUCGAGAACCCUCCUGACAGAUUUUUACAUUGUUGACGGAAGUUCACGCAGAAGAAGAAGAAGACUUGGAGCAAAGAUGGUGCGGAUAAAGUCCAGGUAUUUGCUGUGUGAAAUUAACGUAACAGACAAGAGCCGUCUGUUGCUGCUGGACGACCGGGCUGUGAUGACGGCAGUGCGGACAGCUGUGGCUCGCAUUCACGGCGACUAUGGAGCAGCUCAGUGUAUUAUCGGUGUAUCGGUGAAAUACAUGAAUGCACACACCGGGAUGGUAUUUCUCCGUUUUCCCAAACGUUGUUACAAACUCCUGUGGUCCGCACUGCCUUUCAUAACGUGUAUGGAAACCCGUGGGCAGAAAAUCCCAUGUUUUCUAAACUGUUUACAUGUAGGAGGAACAAUUAGAACGUGCCAGAAGUUUCUGAUCCGGUACAACACACAACAGUUACAUCGUCUGCUCCCUAAGUGUAAAAAUGAAGAUGAAAAACAUGUUCGAACGGCCCUUCUGAAAUGCCUACUACCUGGAGAGACUAGAGAAACGUCUGCAGAAGAAGCAGACAGCGAAGAAGAUGAAGUGGUGUGAACGACAGGAGGAACUGGUGUUCUCCAGGACCUUCUGCCUGGAGACUGUAUCGCGUACUUGAACAUUUCAAGGCCGGACACAGUUCAGUGAACUGAGCUUAAACCAACCAAAUCACCCAAAAUUACCGAUUUGUAUUUUUUGUAAACAAAGUACUUGUGUUAAAUGUUCGUGUUUGUGUUUCAAAUGUAAAAGACCCCCGCCCCCCCAAAAAGCAAGUUGUCAAAGUGUUCUACGCUUUCCGGACGUGGGGUGGCGCCACUGAAUCGGCUCCACAUUAAAAAAAAAGUUUACACAAUUA